AGGAAAUUCUCGUCGACUGCCAUCGCGCUCACCACCAAAGAACAAUACGCUAAGCUGCGAAAAGACCCAGAACGACUUGAGCGUUAUCUUGCGAAACGAAGGCGCUAUAUCAGGGAAAGAUAUCAUGAGCUGUCCCCUGAGUUACGGCAACGCAAGGUCGAGAAAAUCAAACGCUACAAGGAGCAGCGAUUACAGGAUGACAUUGAGUAUCGCAACCAAGCUACAGAAGCUCAAAAACGGUACGAUGCGGCACACUCUAUGAACAAAAAACUUCGGCAGUGGUGCACCAGAUAUGCAUGGCUGCGUGAGGAAUCGCUGUGGAAAUCAUACCGUCCUCUCGUCUAUGAUGAGAAGGUUCGAUUGCAUUGUGACGGUUGUGGCUAUGUAACGCUGAAAGGCCUCAAACUGUGGUGGACCAUGCUAACGGACACGAAGCCACAUCAUCUUUGCCCGUCUUGCUACUUUUCAAGUAGGAACUGGACUGAUGUUAUGCCGAAAGGUUACGAAGAUGUUCAGACUGCGAAAGAACUCAAGGCGCGUAAGGAACAACUCGACCAGUCGCAUACUGCAGGAACAAACUCU